AUGCGCUCUCCCCGGCUGCAGCGGACAGAGGUGGUCCUGUUGGCAUCCCUGGUGGCGGUCACCCUCCUCUUCCUCUUCACCCUGCACCAGGAGCCCCCAACCUGCAGGAAGGAGGAGAGGCAAGCUGGAUCGGGGGACCUGGGCCUACAGCAGCAGCAGCUGCUGGAGCUGUCGGACCUGGCACAGCCUGCGCCCCGGGGCCCCGUGCCCACGCCCGCGCCCUGCCUGGCCAACCUCUCCAUGGCGCAGCUGCCCAACUUCACCGACCAGCCGGCCCAGGUGCGAGAUUUCCUGCUGCACCGACACUGCCGGGAGUUCCGCCUGCUGCAAGCGCCCCCGGCCACCAAGUGCCAGCCCGCGCCCUUCCUGCUGCUGGCCAUCAAGUCCUCGCCCGGCAACUACGAGAGGCGCGAGGUGGUGCGGCGCACCUGGGGCCGCGAUAGGAGCACCCAGGGAGCACCUGUGCGCCUCCUCUUCCUGCUGGGCACCGCGCGCCACCCGCAUGAGGCCCGCAAGGUGAACCGGCUGCUGACCCUGGAGGCCCGCACCUACGGCGACAUCCUGCAGUGGGAUUUCCACGACACUUUCUUCAACCUCACACUCAAGCAGGUCCUCUUCCUGGAGUGGCAGGCCACCCACUGCCCGCUGGCCAGCUUCCAGCUGAACGGGGACGACGACGUGUUCGCGCACACGGACAACAUGGUGGCCUUCCUGCGGGGCCACAACCCCGACAACCACCUCUUCUCGGGCCACCUCAUCCAGAACGUGGGGCCCAUCCGCGAGCCCUGGAGCAAGUACUAUGUGCCCAAGGUGGUGACGGCCGACGAGCACUACCCGCCCUACUGUGGCGGCGGCGGCUUCCUGCUGUCCCGCUUCACGGCCGGGGCCCUGCGUCGGGGGGCCCGGGCCCUGCCCCUCUUCCCCAUCGACGACGUCUUCCUGGGCAUGUGCCUGCGCCACCAGGGCCUGCUGCCCGCCUCGCACUCCGGGGUGCGCACGGCCGGUGUGCACUCGCCCAGCCCUGCGCGCUCCUCCUUCGACCCCUGCUUCUACCGGCACCUGCUGCUGGUCCACCGCUUCCUGCCCUACGAAAUGAUGCUCAUGUGGGAUGCCUUGAGCCGCCCGCUGAAGGGCUGCGGCCAGACUGUGCGCGUGGACUGA